UAUUGGCACUAUUACAAUUUUCCCCAAUGAAAAUUGUGCAUAUAUACAUGAGCUAAUUAUCAUAUGAUCAUUGCAUAUCAACAGAUCAUGGCAGAAGAGGUGAAGCUAAUAAACUCAGGGUCAAGUCCCAUUGGGUUGAGGGUUGUUUGGGCACUAAAGCUGAAGGGCAUCCAAUAUGAGUUCAUUGAAGAAGAUCUCUUCAACAAGAGUACUUUACUUCUCCAACAUAAUCCAAUUUACAAGAAAGUUCCAGUGCUGAUACAUAAUGGAAAGCCAAUUGUAGAAUCUCUAAUCAUUCUUCAAUACAUAGAAGAAACUUGGAAGCAAAAUCCUAUUUUGCCUGCUGAUCCUUAUGAGAAAGCCAUGUCAAACUUCUGGGCAAACUUUGGUGAUGAUAAGGUUCUGCCAUCAAUAUGGUAUGCUUUUAUCAAGAAAGGUAAAGAGCAAGAGGUAGCUAUAACUGAGGCCUGGGAGAACUUGAAAUUUUUAGAAGAAGAGCUAAGAGGAAAGAAAUUCUUUGGUGGGGAAAAUAUAGGACUAGUAGAUAUUGCAUCUGGUUGGCUUGCUAUAACUGUAAGUGUAUUGGAGGAGCUGGUUGGAAUCAAAGUGAUUGAUGGAGAGAAGUUUCCAUUGUUGGUGAGAUGGAUGAAAGUUUUCUCAGACUCUCCUGUGAUCAAAGAAAACUGGCCGCCCAGAGAUGCGCUAAUGUCCACAUAUAGUGCUUUUCUUCAAAGUUGCCAUUCUAAUUGAUUCAAGGCCAAGCAUGCACCCAAAAUAGGAUGGGAUGAAAGUUCUUAAUUGUGCAUUAGAGUCCUUUUCUGGGGUUGGAUCUUAUGUACUGUUUAAUUAUCCAUACAGAUUCCUGUCUCUUUUGUUUUAUUUCUGUCACCUUUUUCAGCUAUUGUGUGAUAGUUUUUAUUUUUGCUGCUGGUGUUCUACUUUGUUGAGUGUUUUUUAUUUUUUGGGUUAAUCCUAUGGGUACCAUGGUACUCUGGCUUAGUUGGUGCCCAUCAUUGUUCAUCUUUCUUUUUAUUAAUAAAGGUCUGCUUAUAAAAAAA